AUGAAGUUCUUAACUCUUCAGGAAGCGGAACAUUUUCUCCACCAGAGUCAGCUGCCAACCAGCUCUCAAGAUAAAAAGAGAUUUUCAGCCCAAGAAGAAGCUGCUACUGCCUCUGCUGUUACAGGAUCUCUUCUUGAGAAGACAACCCAGAGGUGGGCUCAGUAUAAAGAAAAGUGCCUAAGAGAUUUGCAUAAGGAGCUUUCUGGUAUAUUUUGCAAUGGUACUUUUGAUCAGUACGUGUGCUGGCCUCAUUCCUUCCCUGGAAAUGUCUCUGUUCCCUGCCCUUCUUACUUACCUUGGUGGAAUGCAGAGAGAUCAGGAAGGGCCCACAGACAUUGUUUGGCGCAAGGGACUUGGCAGAUGCGGGAGAACUCCACAGAUAUUUGGCAGGAUGACUCCGAAUGCUAUGAAGAUCACAGCUUCAAAAAAAACGACAUGCACCAUGACUUGCUGUCAAAAUUGCAAUUGUUGUAUACCGUGGGUUACUCUGUCUCCAUUGUUUUCCUCUGCCUGGCCCUCAUUCUUCUCUUAUUUCUUCGAAAACUACACUGCACACGCAAUUAUAUCCACAUGAAUUUGUUUGCAUCUUUUAUCCUGAGAGCUCUGGCAGUGCUGGUGAAGGAUGUUGUCACCCAUAACUCUUACUCCAAGAGACCAAAUAGCGAGGAAGAGUGGAUGUCUUACAUGUCAGAGGUAUCACUGUCCUGCCGCACAGUCCAGAUUCUCCUGCACUACUUUGUGGGCACCAAUUACUCAUGGCUGCUUGUUGAAGGCCUCUAUCUCCACUGGCUGCUAGAGCCCACAGUGCUUUUUGAGAGAUGGCUUUGGCCCAGAUACCUGCUGGUGGGUUGGGCUUUCCCAGUGUUUUUCAUUGUUCCAUGGAGUAUUGUCCGUUCAAAGUUGGAAAACACAGGGUGCUGGGGAAACAACAAAAAUAUGCAAAUAUGGUGGAUCAUUCGAGGACCUAUAAUGUUUUGUGUAGCGGUCAAUUUCUUCAUCUUCAUGAAAAUUCUCAAGCUUCUAAUUUCUAAGUUGAAAGCCAAUCAAAUGUGUUUCAGAGAUUAUAAAUACAGGUGAGUAUCUUUCGUAUUAGCAAAAUCAACUCUAGUCCUGAUUCCUUUAUUGGGUGUUCAUGAAAUGAUCUUCUCUUUCAUCACUGAUGAUCAUGUUUAUGGAUUUCCAAGACAUCUCCGACUCGUCUUUCAGUUGACUCUGAGCUCCUUCCAUGGAUUUCUUGUGGCUUUGCUGUAUUGUUUUGCCAAUGGUGAGGUGAAAGCUGAGGUGAAGAAGAGCUGGGUUCGCUUUUUGCUAGCCCGUGAGUCUGGCUGUAGAAUAUGGAUCCUAAAGAACUUCCGAUUCCUGUGCAAAUGCCCCGAGAAAUUCUCAGAGGGAGAGUGUGACAGUUCACUGCGGACCCUAUCUGGCAGGAGUCAGAUAGGGCAUGUAACCUUUCAGGGUCCUGGGGUUUUAGGAGCCCGAAUGCCCAGGGGCAACAGCCUAUCAGAGUGCAGUGAGGGGGAUAUCACCAUCUCCCACACCAUGGAGGAGAUUCUUGAGGAGAGUGAGAUAUAG